CAACAGCUGGCGGCCCCUGGGUGACGCGUAGGCCCGGGAGCGUCGAGCAUGGACGACCACAGCCUGGAGGAGUUCCGCCGGCGCUGGCAGGAGGAACUGGCGCAGUCGCAGGCGCUGAGGCGGCGGCGGCGGCCCGAGGCCGGGGAGCGGCGGCCGCGGAGGCCCGAGGCGGGGGCGCGCGGUGAGCAGGCCUCGGGGUACCUGGCCCUGGCGCAGGGUCUGCUGGAGGGCGCGGGCCGACCCCCGGCCCCCAGGCCCGGCCGGUCCGACAGGAGGGAUGCGACCAGCCGCUCGCGCUCACCCCCGGACCGCGACGCCGUGGAGCCCGAGCCGCUGGUGGACCAGCUCAUCCGCGACUUGAAUGAGAUGGAGGAGGUGCCCUUCUUUGACGUCCAGCUGCCUUAUGAACUGGCAAUCAAUAUAUUUCAGUAUCUGAACAGAAGAGAACUGGGUCGCUGUGCUCAGGUGAGCAAGACAUGGAAGGUGAUUUCUGAAGACGAGGUGCUGUGGUACCGGCUGUGCCAGCAGGAGGGGCACCUUACCCGGAGCAGCAUCUCCGAUUACACCUGCUGGAAGCUCAUCUUGCAAGAGUGCCGUGCCAAGGAACACAUGCUCAGAGCCAACUGGAAGAAUCGCAAAGGCGCUGUGAGCGAGCUGGAGCACGUUCCCGAUGCCGUUCUGUGUGAUGUGCGCUCCCAUGAUGGCGUUGUCAUCGCAGGAUACACGUCAGGGGAUGUGAGAGUGUGGGACACCCGCACCUGGGACUAUGUGGCCCCCUUCCUGGAAUCUGAGUCUGAGGAGGAGGAGCCUGGAAUGCAGCCAUAUGUCUCCUUUGUGAGGAUCAACAGCUCGCUGGCAGUGGCGGCUUACGAGGAUGGGAUUCUUAACAUUUGGGACCUGAGGACCGGGAAGUUCCCUAUCCAUCGCUUUGAGCACGAUGCAAGAAUACAGGCCCUUGCGCUCAGCCGGGAAGAGGCCACGGUUGCCACAGCUUCUGCUUUUGACGUUGUGAUGUUGUACCCUAACGAGGAGGGGUACUGGCAUGUAGCUGCGGAAUUUGAAGUUCAGAAACUGGUCGACUACCUGGAAAUAGUUCCGAAUACUGGGAGGUACCCCGUGGCAAUAGCCACAGCUGGGGACCUGGUGUACCUGCUGAAGGCUGAGGACUCAGCCAGAACCCUCCAUUAUGUCUAUGGCCAGCCUGCCACAUGUCUGGAUGUCUCAGCCAGCCAGGUCGCCUUUGGUGUGAAGAGUCUGGGAUGGGUGUAUGAAGGAAACAAGAUCCUGGUCUAUAGCCUGGAAGCAGAACGCUGCCUCUCAAAGCUUGGCAACGCGCUCGGUGACUUCACCUGUGUCAACCUCCGGGACAGUCCUCCCAACCUCAUGGUCAGCGGCAACAUGGACAGGAGAGUGAGGCUCCAUGACCUCCGCAGUGAUAAAAUCGCCCUGUCACUGUCCGCCCAUCAGCUGGGGGUGUCCGCAGUCCAGAUGGAUGACUGGAAGAUCGUCAGUGGGGGCGAGGAGGGGCUGGUGUCUGUGUGGGAUUACCGCAUGAACCAGAAGCUGUGGGAGGUGCACUCCAGGCACCCUGUGCGCCACGUCUCCUUCAAUAGCCACAGCCUGAUCACUGCCAACGUGCCCUACGAGAAGGUGGUGCGGAACUCCGACCUGGACACCUUUGCCUGUCACAGGAGACAUCGUGGUCUGAUCCAUGCCUAUGAGUUUGCUGUGGACCAGCUGGCCUUUCAGAGCCCUCUUCCUGUCUGCCGCUCCCCCUGUGACACCAUGGCUGGGUACAGCUAUGACCUAGCACUGUCCUUCCCCUACGACACUGUUUAGGGCGUCCCCUCAUGGAGAAGGGGGAGGGUCAGUUUUCAAACAUCAGAACUGUAGGGCAGCUCUGCAGCGGACUGGAAGUUUGGAGACAGUGCCUCUCCCACCUAGGGCUUUGGUAGCACACGCUGAUGACUCAAGAGCUAGCCUUUCCAGAAGCGGCUCCCGCACCUCAGCCUGUGACAGGAGCAACAGCUCCCCCUCGUUCCACACUCUAGGGUCUCCUGUGUGUGGCGCUGACCCUACCCUGGUCCAGCCCCCUCCGUGGUUCUCACACAGUUCAUAUAGGCCCUUACCUGGGUGAGGACAGCCUCCCUUCCACUGGCUGCUCUGUCCAGUAUAUGGGCUGCGAAGGAAGGAAAAGGCACUCCAUGGGGAUGGCUGGGGCUCAGUUCCUGAGCCUGGCUGCUGGUAUCUCUUCCCUCAGCACCCCAAGAGCAGCACAGUGCUCUAGACAAACAGCACCCACAGCUCACCCACUCUGCCUGCAGAAUGUCACAGGCAGAUCUCCACACCGUGGCCAGGAGACCCCGCCAGUGAAAGCAUUGGUGUGCAGACCCUAAUUCCCGUUGACCAGGCACCUAACCCUCCUGUACAGAGACCCAGCCCACUCAGGCAGAGUCCCUGUCCCCGCGAACACCAGCUCAAAAAGCAGUAUAAUAAACAAGUGUACCGGGACACUCCACAUUGGCUCUGCAGAGGGCGACAAGGCCGAGUGGGGAGGCUUCGUGCCCUGGAGACCAAGGUGGUUUAAAAAAACAAAAAAGGAGCGAGAGGGGCUGAGAGGAGGGCAUGCAUGUUCAAAGGGAGUGGGGCUCACCCACGUGUAAGCCAGAGCAGUACUAAGUGCAGCCCUGGGAAGUACUCACCUUCCCAGUGGAAGCCUUGUGUGCAUGCUAGGCAAGUACUCUGCCACUGAGACACACCUCCAACCAAUACGUGGCUGCGUGGCUUGAAGGUUUCUCAGCUUAGACAUUCAGGAGACCUCAGACUCCCACUGUCUAGCUGGACAGGCCACAGAGCCAGCUGGAGCUUGGCAUGGCCUCCUGGUAGGCCCCUCCCUCCCUCCCAGGGAGGACUUUGAACCACACUGCACAAGUGCCGGCAGGUGGCAGCUCACCUCUGUCUUGCUGGUCUGGCGCCCUCUGUUGGCCUGGUCUUGCUAGGUCUUCUCUCAGGCUUUCCCAGGCCUGCGUCAGUGCCACUGAGGAAACUCCUUGGUCAGCACCAUGAAGGGCCAUCAAAGAGCUGGAAGAGCGGAUGCAGAGGUGACUGGAGUGGAAAUAUCAUACCCACCAGCAGCUAGGGUAGUUUUGAGCAUACCCCGCCCCCGGGCUUCAUGACGGGGUGCUUAGGGACAUGGUUCCUUACACAGCAGCUCUGUGGGUGUUCUCUGCUGUCAGCUCAGCCUCCUGGGAACCCCCCACCCCCACCCCCCAGAGCAGCAGACCUACCCAGAGUCUGUCCCCACCGGCUGGGACUGCUGCUGCUGCACCUGCUAGCAGGGUGGGGACAGGUGGUCGGUCUCCCUCAGCUGCCCUGAAAGCCGGGAGCCACCAGGACAUGCCCCUGGGAACCAGAGGUGGCCACACACCUGCAGCUUGCCUUUUGCCUUACACAGCCACAUCUGCUCUGCUAUUAAAGGUUCUGACU